AUGGCAAAACGAAAGUUCAUUGAAAAUUACAUUCAGUAUGGAUUCACACCAUUUCUUGAAAACAGAGAAGGUAAAGGACAGUGUGUUUUAUGUUGUAACGUUUUUGGACACCAUUCAUUGAGGCCAUCAAAACUAAAACUUCAUCUGCAAAAACUUGAUCCAGAUUACGAGGAUAAAGAUGUUUUUUUAAACCAAAUUGAUAUUUUUGACCAAUUGAACCGCUUAAAUCUCAAGCUACAAAGAAGAGAUACAACUGAACUCGACUUCGUUGACGCCCUGAAUGCGUUUAUGGAGAAGCUAGAAAAUUGGAAGCAAAAAAUUGAGAGUGGAAAUGUUGCAAUGUUAGAAGCUCUUUCAUCUAUGAUUGUUGAAACAUUGAAGGAUCCAAACCAGAAAAGUCGUCCGCGUGUCAAUUAUAAUUUAGUGAUUGUUUGUCUGUUGGUGACAUAUCUGCCCAUGUAUGAUCCAACUCCGAGAAGAACUUUAAGUACAGAAAAUGAGUUACACAAAGAAUAA